GGAGUGGUGUCGCCUAGCAGCCGGUGCCGCUUGGGCACAGUCGGGAAGAGUUGGCGGGAGCAGCCUGAGUGCGCGUGGACAGCUCUGGGAAGCGAGAGGCCGGGGCGGUGGUCCAACCCGGAGGUGGUCGCUGUAGAUGGGUGACAGCUGCUGGUUGUAGGUCUUGGUGUAGGGGCUGAGAGACAGUAAAAGAAUUCAAGAUGCCACCUAAUAUAAAAUGGAAAGAAUUAAUCAAAGUUGACCCAGAUGAACUGCCACGCCAAGAAGAGUUGGCAGAUAAAUUAUUGAUAUCCUUAUCCAAGGUGGAAGUAAAUGAUCUAAAAAAUGAAGAUCAGGAAAACAUGAUACAUCUAUUCAGAAUUACUCAGUCACUAAUGAAGAUGAAAGCUCAGGAAGUGGAGCUGGCUUUGGAAGAAGUUGAAAAGGCUGGAGAAGAACAAGCAAAGUUUGAAAAUCAAUUGAAGACAAAAGUAAUGAAACUGGAAAAUGAACUGGAGAUGGCUCAGCAGUCUGCAGGUGGACGCGACACUCGGUUUUUACGUGAUGAAAUUCGCCAACUUGAGAAGCAGUUGGAACAAAAAGAUAGAGAAUUAGAGGAUAUGGAAAAAGAAUUGGAUAAAGAAAAGAAGGUUAAUGAACAAUUGGCCCUUCGAAACGAGGAGGCAGAAAGUGAAAACAGCAAAUUAAGAAGAGAGAAUGAACAGCUUCGUCAGGACAUUAUUGACUACCAGAAACAAAUAGAUUCACAAAAAGAAUCCCUUCUAUCAAGGAGAGGAGAAGACAGCGAUUACCGAUCACAGCUGUCUAAAAAGAACUAUGAACUUGUUCAAUAUCUGGACGAAAUACAGACCUUAACAGAAGCUAAUGAGAAAAUUGAAGUUCAGAACCAAGAAAUGAGGAAAAACCUAGAAGAGUCGGUACAGGAAAUGGAGAAGAUGACAGAUGAGUAUAACAGGAUGAAAGCUCUUGUGCAUCAGACAGAUGCUGUGAUGGACCAGAUCAAGAAAGAGAAUGAGCACUAUCGCCUUCAAGUGCGAGAGCUCACAGAUCUUCUGAAAGCAAAGGAUGAGGAGGACGAUCCAGUCAUGAUGGCCGUCAAUGCAAAAGUGGAAGAAUGGAAGUUAAUUUUGUCUUCCAAAGAUGAUGAAAUCAUUGAAUAUCAGCAAAUGUUACAGAGUCUGAGAGGGAAACUUAAAAAUGCCCAACUUGAUGCUGACAAAAGUAACAUUAUGGCUCUGAAACAGGGUAUCCAGGAGCGAGACAGUCAAAUUAAGAUGCUUACUGAACAAGUAGAACAGUAUACAAAAGAAAUGGAAAAAAAUACUUUUAUUAUUGAAGAUUUGAAAAAUGAACUCCAAAAAGACAAAGGUACUUCAAACAUUUAUCAGCAGACUCAUUAUAUGAAAAUUCACUCGAAAGUACAAAUUUUAGAAGAGAAAACAAAAGAGGCCGAGAGAACAGCUGAGCUGGCUGAGGCCGAUGCCAGGGAGAAGGACAAAGAAUUGGUUGAGGCGCUGAAGAGAUUAAAAGAUUAUGAAUCUGGAGUAUAUGGCUUAGAAGAUGCUGUUAUUGAAAUAAAGAAUUGUAAAGCCCAAAUUAAAAUCAGAGAUGGAGAGAUUGAAGUGUUGACCAAGGAAAUCAAUAAGCUUGAGAUGAAGGUCAGUGAUGUCCUUGAUGAAAACGAGGCCCUCAGAGAGCGAGCUGGCCUUGAACCCAAGACAAUGAUUGAUUUGACUGAAUUUAGAAACAGUAAACGCUUAAAGCAGCAGCAGUACAGAGCUGAAAACCAGAUUCUUUUGAAAGAGAUCGAAAGUCUAGAGGAAGAACGUCUUGACCUGAAAAGAAAAAUUCGUCAAAUGGCUCAAGAAAGAGGCAAAAGGAGUGCAGCAUCAGGAUUAACCAUUGAUGACUUGAACCUAUCUGAAAGCUUUUCUCAUGAAAAUAAAAUAGAAAGAAAACUAAAUUUUAUGAGCCUCAGUAAUAUGAAUGAAACACAAUCAAAGAAUGAAACCAUAGCUCAGGAUGUGUCGAUCCAGGAAGAGCAGAGUAGAAAUGCAGAAUUAGAACUUGAGCAUCAGAGAAGCCAGGCAGAACAGAAUGAGUUUCUUUCAAGGGAAUUGAUUGAAAAAGAAAAAGAACUAGAAAGAAGUAGGACAGUAAUUGCUAAAUUUCAGAAUAAAUUAAAAGAAUUAGUUGAAGAAAAUAAGCAACUUGAAGAAGGUAUGAAAGAAAUUUUGCAGGCUAUUAAGGACAUGCCGAAGGACGCUGAUGUGAGAGGAGGGGAAACAUCUUUAAUCAUCCCGAGCCUUGAAAGACUGGUUAACGCUAUGGAAUCAAAGAAUGCAGAAGGAAUCUUUGAUGCCAGUUUGCAUCUGAAAGCCCAAGUUGAUCAACUUACAGGAAGGAAUGAAGAAUUAAGGCAAGAACUCAGGGAAUCUCGGAAAGAGGCUGUAAAUUAUUCACAGCAGUUGGUAAAAGCAAACUUAAAGAUUGAUCACCUUGAGAAAGAAACUGACCUUCUGCGUCAAUCUGCAGGCUCCAAUGUAGUUUUCAAAGGCAUAGACUUACCCGAUGGGAUAGCACCAUCCAGUGCCUAUAUUAUCAAUUCUCAGAAUGAAUAUUUAAUACAUCUUUUGCAGGAACUAGACAAUAAAGAAAAGAAAUUAAGGCAUUUAGAAGAUUCUCUUGAAGAUUAUAACAGAAAAUUUGCAGUGAUUCGUCAUCAACAAGGUUUAUUAUAUAAAGAAUAUCUAAGUGAAAAGGAUCUUUGGAAAGCAGACUCUGAGACAAUAAAAGAGGAGAAGAGAAACCUGGAGGACCAAGCUCAGCAGGAUGCUGUGAAAGUGAAAGAGUAUAAUAAUUUGCUCAAUGCUCUUCAAAUGGAUUCGAAUGAGAUGAAGAAAAUGCUUUCAGAAAACAGUAGGAAAAUCACUGUUCUGCAAGUGAAUGAAAAGUCCCUCAUCCGGCAGUACACAACCUUAGUGGAAAUGGAGCGGCAUCUUAGAAAGGAAAAUGGGAAACACAAGAAUGACAUCAUAUCUAUGGAAGCCGAAGUUACUGAAAAAAUUGGAAAUUUGCAAAGAUUCAAGGAAAUGGCCACCUUCAAGAUUGCAGCUCUUCAGAAAGUUGUAGAUAAUAGUGUUUCUUUGUCUGAAUUAGAACUUGCCAAUAAACAGUACAAUGAGCUGACUGCUAAGUACAGAGACAUCUUGCAGAAAGAUAAUAUGCUUGUUCAAAGGACAACUAACUUAGAACACCUAGAGUGUGAAAAUGCAUCACUAAAAGAACAGAUGGAGGCUAUCAGUAAAGAGCUGGAGAUUACAAAGGAAAAACUGCAUACCAUUGAACAAGCCUGGGAACAAGAAACAAAAUUAGGAAAUGACUCAAACAUGGAUAAGGCAAAGAAAUCAAUGACAAAUAGUGACAUUGUUUCUAUUUCAAAAAAAAUCACUGUGUUGGAGAUGAAGGAAUUAAAUGAAAGGCAGAGGGCUGAACACUGUCAGAAAAUGUAUGAGCACUUAAGAACUUCAUUAAAGCACAUGGAAGAACGCAAUUUUGAAUUGGAAACCAAGUUCACUGAGCUUACCAAAAUCAACCUAGAUGCACAAAAGGUGGAGCAGAAGCUGAGAGACGAAUUGGCCGACAGUGUGAACAAGGCAGUGAGCGAUGCUGAUCGACAGAGGAUUCUAGAAUUAGAGAGGAGUGAAGUGGAGCUCAAAGUUGAAGUGUCCAAACUGAGAGAGAUUUCUGAUAUUGCCAAAAGACAAGUUGAUUUUUUGAAUUCGCAACAACAGUCCAGGGAAAAGGAAGUGGAAUCCCUCAGAAUGCAGCUGCUGGACUUCCAGGCACAAUCUGAUGAGAAGGCGCUAAUUGCCAAAUUACACCAACAUGUUGUCUCUCUUCAAAUUAGUGAGGCCACUGCUCUUGGUAAGUUAGAGUCAGUUACAUCCAAACUCCAGAAGAUGGAGGCCUACAAUUUGCGCUUGGAACAGAAACUGGAUGAAAAAGAGCAGGCCCUCUACUAUGCUCGUUUGGAAGGUAGAAACAGAGCAAACCACCUGCGCCAAACCAUUCAGUCUCUACGAAGGCAGUUCAGUGGCGCUUUACCCUUAGCACAGCAGGAGAAGUUCUCCAAAACGAUGAUUCAGUUGCAAAAUGACAAACUUAAGAUAAUGCAAGAAAUGAAGAAUUCUCAACAAGAACACAGGAAUAUGGAAAACAAAACACUGGAGAUGGAAUUAAAAUUAAAAGGCUUAGAAGAAUUGAUAAGUACUUUAAAGGACGCCCGGGGAGCCCAGAAGGUAAUCAAUUGGCAUGUGAAAAUAGAAGAACUUCGCCUUCAAGAACUUAAGCUAAAUAGAGAACUAGUCAAGGGUAAAGAAGAAAUCAAAUAUUUGAAUAAUAUCAUCUCUGAAUAUGAGCAUACAAUCAACAGUCUAGAGGAAGAAAUUGUUCAGCAGAGCAAGUUUCAUGAAGAAAGACAAAUGGCUUGGGAUCAAAGAGAAGUUGAGCUGGAACGCCAGUUAGACAUUUUUGAUCGUCAGCAAAAUGAAAUACUCAGUGCAGCACAAAAGUUUGAAGAUGCUACAGGAUCAAUGCCAGACCCCAGCUUGCCCCUUCCAAACCAACUUGAAAUUGCUCUAAGAAAAAUUAAGGAGAAUAUUCGAGUAAUUCUUAAAACACAAGCCACCUGCAAGUCACUAGAAGAGAAACUAAAAGAAAAAGAAUCUGCUUUACGGUUGGCAGAACAAAAUAUUCUGUCAAGAGACAAAGUAAUCAAUGAACUGAGGCUCCGAUUACCUGCCACAGCUGAUCGAGAAAAACUUAUAGCUGAGCUAGACAGAAAAGAGCUGGAGCCAAAAUCUCAUCACACAAUGAAAAUUGCCCAUCAAACCAUUGCCAACAUGCAGGCCAGGUUAAAUCACAAGGAAGAAGUACUGAAGAAAUACCAACAUCUUCUGGAGAAGGCCAGAGAGGAGCAAAGAGAAAUUGUUAAGAAACAUGAGGAAGACCUUCAUAUUCUUCAUCACAAAUUAGAACAACAGGCUGAUAAUUCACUCAAUAAAUUUAAACAGACAGCUCAGGAUUUAAUUAAGCAGUCUCCUGCUCCAGUACCCACCAACAAGCAUUUCAUUCGUCUGGCCGAGAUGGAACAGACAGUAGCAGAACAAGAUGACUCUCUGUCCUCACUUUUGACCAAACUAAAGAAAGUAUCGAAAGAUUUGGAAAGACAAAAAGAAAUCACUGAGUUAAAAGUCAGAGAAUUUGAAAAUACCAAAUUACGGCUCCAAGAAACUCAUGCCAGUGAGGUGAGGAAAGUGAAGGCAGAGGUAGAGGAUUUAAGGCAUGCUCUAGCUCAAGCACAGAAGGAUUCCCAGAACUUAAAGUCUGAACUCCAGGCUCAGAAAGAAGCAAACUCCAGAGCGCCGACAACCACAAUGAGGAAUCUAGUAGACAGGCUAAAGAGCCAGCUAGCCUUGAAAGAGAAGCAACAAAAGGCACUUAGUCGAGCCCUGUUGGAACUUCGGUCAGAAAUGACAGCAGCAGCUGAAGAACGUAUCAUUGCUGUAACUUCUCAAAAAGAGGCAAAUCUCAAUGUACAACAAAUUGUUGAGCGACACACUAGAGAGCUAAAGUCACAAAUUGAAGAUUUAAAUGAAAAUCUUUUAAAAUUGAAAGAAGCUCUUAAAACAAGUAAAAACAAAGAAAAUUCACUAGCUGAUGACUUAAAUGAUUUAAAUAAUGAACUGCAGAAGAAGCAGAAAGCUUAUAAUAAAAUCCUUAGAGAGAAAGAUGGAAUUGAUCAAGAAAAUGAUGAACUGAGAAGACAGAUUAAAAGACUGUCCAGUGGGCUGCAGAGCAAAACUCUGGUAGAUAAUAAGCAAAGUUUAAUUGAUGAACUUCAAAAGAAAGUUAAAAAACUUGAAAGCCAACUGGAAAGAAAGGUGGAUGACAUAGACAUAAAGCCUGUGAAGGAAAAGAGUAGUAAAGAAGAAUUAAUUAGGUGGGAAGAAGGUAAGAAAUGGCAGACCAAAGUCGAGGGACUGCGCAGCAGGCUAAAGGAGAAGGAAGGGGAAGUCCACAGUCUGACAAGGCAGCUGAACACCUUAAAGGAACUUUUUGCCAAAGCUGAUAAAGAGAAACUUACUUUGCAGAAGAAACUGAAAACAACAGGAAUGACUGUUGACCAGGUUUUAGGAGUGCGAGCUUUGGAGUCGGAGAAAGAGUUGGAAGAUCUAAAGAAAAGAAAUUUGGACUUAGAAAAUGACAUGCUACACAUGAGGACCCAGCAGGCGCUUCCACGGGACUCUGUUGUGGAAGACUUACAUUUACAAAAUAGAUACCUUCAAGAAAAACUUCAUACUUUAGAAAAACAACUUUCAAAGGAUGCAUAUUCUCAAUCAUUGACUUCAGAAAUAGAGUCAGAUGAUCAUUGUCAAAAAGAACAUGAACUUCAGAGAGAAAACUUGAAGUUGUCAUCUGAAAACAUUGAGCUGAAAUUUCAACUUGAACAAGCAAAUAAAGACUUGCCGAGACUAAAGAAUCAAGUAAGAGAUUUGAAGGAAAUGUGUGACUUUCUUAAAAAAGGAAAACUGGAGCUUGAACGGAAGCUUGGUCAGGUCAGAGGGUCUGGUAGAAGUGGGAAGACAAUUCCAGAGCUAGAAAAAACAAUUGGGUUAAUGAAGAAAGUAGUUGAAAAAGUCCAGAGAGAAAAUGAACAAUUGAAAAAGGCAUCAGGAAUAAUGACUAGUGAAAAAAUGGCUACUAUUGAGGAAGAAAAUGGAAAAUUAAAGGCUGAAUUAGAAAAGCUGAAAGCUCACUUUGGGCGUCAGUUGAGUAUGCAGUUUGAAUCCAAGAGCAAGGGUACCGAGAAAAUUGUGGCCGAAAAUGAACGGCUUCGGAAAGAACUUAAGAAAGAAAUGGAAGCUUCCGAGAAACUGCGGAUAGCUAAGAACAACUUAGUGCUGGUGAAUGACAAGAUGGCAUCUCAACUUGAAGAGACUGGGAAGAGAUUACAGUUUGCAGAAAGUAGAGGUCCACAGUUGGAAGGCGCUGAUAGCAAAAGCUGGAAGUCAAUUGUGGUUUCAAGAAUGUAUGAGGCCAAGAUGAAAGAGCUCGAAAGUGACAUUGCCAAGAAGAAUCAGAGUCUCACCGACCUUAAACAGCGUGUAAGGGAAGCAACCGAGAGAGAACAGAGAGCUAAGAAAUACACUGAAGACCUUGAGCAACAGAUUGAGAUCCUCAAAAAUGUUCCAGAAGGUGCUAAGACAGAGCAAGAGCUUAUACAGGAACUCCAGCUUCUUAGAUUAGCCAAUAAUCAGCUGAAUAAAGAAAAGGCGGAAUUAAUCCAUCAGAUGGAAAUUAGUAAGGACCAAACGGGAGCUGAAAGUAGCACACCUGAUUCUGAUCAACUAAAGGAAAAUAUAAAUGACCUGGAGACACAACUCAGAAAGUCGGAGCUAGAAAAGCAACAUUUGAAGGAGGAAAUUAAAAAGCUGAAAAAGGAACUGGAAAAUUUUGAUCCUUCAUUUUUUGAAGAAAUUGAAGACCUGAAGUACAAUUAUAAGGAAGAAGUGAAAAAGAAUAUCCUAUUGGAAGAGAAGUUAAAAAAACUUUCAGAACAAUUUGGAUUUGAACUGUCAAGUCCUCUUGUUGUUUCUGAACAGCCGGAAGAUGGAGAAAGUCCUAAUAGUUUCCCUAUUUAUUAAUGGCCUUGUUUAGCUGUAGAUUUAAACCUAUUUUAUGAGUUAAGUUUCAGCUGGAAAUCAAGCGGCUCUGAACUACAGAAUUUACAUCUCAAAAUAUUGUAUUUUUUUUGCUUAAAAAUAAAAUUGUAUUUAGUUUUAA